AUGUGCACUUUGAUUUUCCAUCCGGAUAUUAAAGUAACAGCCAUGCAGAUGAGCCCGUGCUCGCAAGUGCAUGUGCACCGGGGAGUGUUGGGAAGAACGUUCAGAGAUGGGACAAGAAUUCCCCAGCAUCCAGAACUCGUGCAGCUCCUAGAAAACGAGAAUUUCUCUGAGGAAGAAUUACAUGAGGAAACUGCGAUUUUGUCAUUGGUUCCAGAGGAACGUGAAAAAGAACAAGUGGAACCAAGUGUUUCUUCAACUUAUGAUGUCAAACCAAAGAGGUCUAGGAAAAGUAAUAAAGGUGUACGAUUCAAACCUCUCUCAAAACGUACGUGUAAAACACCAGGCCUUCCCCUGCCAGCCAUUUUGCCUCCGAUUAAUGAAGUGCGUCGGGACACCUUGCGGGAGUGGUGCCAGCAAUUGAGUUUGAGUACCGAUGGUGAGAAAACUGAGGUUUAUCUGAGGCUCCAGAGACAUGCUUACCAGGAACAAAAACAUGCUAUUCCUGCAACACCACAGGAGGCCAAACUGCGUUCAAGGAAAUGCAAGGCAGUGACCAAGAGAGCAAAGCUUCAAGAAAGUCGUGAGAUGAGUGAAAGAGAGGAAGAGACAAACAUAGUGGAAGUAGUAACUCCAGCUCAGGAAGCCAUGCUGGCAUCGUGGGGAAGAAUUGCUGCGAGGGCCGUUCAGCCCAAGGCUUUGAACUCGCAGCCCAUUCCUGCUUGUGUUGAGGCCUUUUUGCUGCAAGCCUCUGGUGUCAGGUGGUGUGUGGUCCAUGGCAGACUUCUCUCUGCAGAUGCAGAGGGGUGGGUUCGCCUGCAGUUCCGUGCGGGUCAGGUCUGGGUGCCUGACACUCCCAGGAGUAUGAUUUCUCUCUUCCUGUUACCAGCCUGCACUUUCCCAUCCCCAGGCCAAGAAGAUAACAUGUUAUGCCCUGAAUGUGCUAAGAGGAAUAAGAAGAUAAUGAAAAGAUUAAUUACUAUGGAGAAGAAGAAGAGGAAAUCUGGUUUAAACACAUUGUAGGAGAUCAGAAUAUGCCACCCCAAAAUAUGCCUAAGUAUUAUUUUUGCACAAGUAUUAUUUUAAGCUGUAGGCAAUUGAGAAGAAGCAGAUAUAAGAAACUCUCUGCCUUGCCACUACUGUACCUGCAUACCCCCCACUUAGAUUC